GCCGUUUUGAGAUACUUUCGUUGGUUGGAUCAUUUAUUCCGUCUGAGAGCGGAGGAAUAAGAAACAAAUCGGGUGGGAUGAGUGUUUCUCUGUCAAGCCCUAAUGGGCAUGCCGUUGGCGACAGUGUGGCGGGUCUUCUGGUUGCCGCCAGCCCCGUGCAGAUUAUCGUUGGAAGUUUCUUGACAGGCGUCCAGUAGGAACAGAAACCCGCCAAGAAACAGAAGCCUGAUAACAUAACAAUCACACUCCCAACUACAGCUGUGGUUCCAGUUCAGGUUCUGUUUUCAGUUCAGACAUCAGCACCGGUUCUCGUGCCAGCGCCGACGCCCGCAGGUAUGUGAGCUACCUAUAGUUGAUUAUGCUCAUGAUGGUUUCCUUAUAAAUGAUUUAGAAUUAUUUAUAUAUGGAGGUUGGUUGGUUCGAUAAGCCGGAAAACUCUAGCGGUGCAAUUGGUGCACGGUUGUCUGCCAAUGCUGCCAGUGUUCGUGGGUUAGUUGGUGAUGCGCUUGCUCAGAUCGUUCAAGACUUAUCAUCGGCUAUCCGUGGUUUAUUCAUCGCUUUUACAGCUUGCUGGCAGUUGACUUUCAUAAUUCUUGCUAUGAUUCCGUUAGCGUCUAUUAAUGGAUAUGUUCAGAUGCGGUUUAUGAAAGGGUUUAGUGCUGAUGCUAAACUGAUGUACGAGGAAGCGAGUCAGGUGGCGAAUGAUGCAGUCGAAGUAUACGUACAGUAUUGUCUUUUUGCGCAGAAGAGAAAGUUAUGCAACUGUAUAGAAGUAAAUGCGAGGGUCCGAAAAAGACCGGGAUUAAACAAGGGUUAAUUAGCGGGACCGGGUUUGGGAUUUUGAUUUUGAUUUUACUUUAUUGUAUGUAUGCUGGCAGUUUUUAUGUGGGAGCUCGGUUUGUUCAGGCGGGAAUAACUCAUUUCACAAGUGUUUUUAGAGUU